CAAUAGAAUGGAUGCGUGCCAUUCACAAGUGAUUUACUCAAAAGAUGCAACAGACGCCGAUCUGAUUACAAGUGGGGGCUGAUGUCAUUUGUUCAUGUGAGACAGUAGAACGUGGCGCGUGUCUUAUUGGGGUGGUUUCUUUUACACAAAAGAGAACAUUCUGGACUAUGAUGUGUGUGUGUGUGUGUGUGAGAGAGAGAGAGAGAGAACUUUUUGUCAAGGUGGUGAGUUGGAUACAAGACAAUAGUUCCUCCAGGCAAAUUGUUAUGUCAAAUAAAGAAAGGGAGAGAGAGUUGAUAGUUUGGGGUUGAAACUGUUUCUUCGUUGUUGAAUAUUGGCUAAAGAAUGGUUUUCUGUAGUCACUUAUAUGGUUACAAUCUUUUGGUUUGAAAUAAUAAUAAUUAUAGGAACCACUAAAGUUAAACAUUCACUCUUUUUCUUUUAUACAUAGAGGGGAGUGUCUGACACCCUGACUGUUUAGUGUCUAUAUUCACUCGGAAUAUUGUGUGCAAAGAAAUGAAUACCACAAAAAAGUUUCAUGUUCAUUGUUCUUAGAGCUCUGUAUUAGCUUUUCUCCAGUGGAUCUGAAGAUCCAAAUGUCCUUUUCCAUGUUGAGAGGAGGAUGUGAUGUGCUGUCUUCAUCAAUUUCAUUUUUCUUAUCAGUCACGUAUUGUUGAAUGUAUUCCAACUAUCAAGCCUACCCUGCUUUUGAACCAAGUGCUCCCGCCGAAAGUUUCUCAGAUACUUACUACUCAAACCAAUCAGGUCUUAACCAACAGAACCUAGGGAGGAACAGUCUUCGUUUAAAAAUUCCACAGAAUACUACUUCAGUGGUUGAAAAACCCAACCCUUUGAACCAAAACGUCACAGUACGCAGUCCUGUAGUAGGACAAAGUUUUCCUAACGAUUAUACAAGUGUACAAAACAAUGAGGAAAAUGGUAGAACGAAAGAAUUGGUUCGAUGGAAGGACGAAGUUUUUUCUAGUUUAUUUGUAACCCUGACGUUUCUUUGUACUUGUGUACUGGUUUGGAGUGCUUGGUGGACAGCCACUGCUUUGGGAGAACAGCCAAGCAUUUGUUCAGUGAAGACAGGAAUACAAGUUCCUUCAUCUGUAUCUUUUCCCCCAGCUUUUCAGUUCCAAUUUCAGCAAGUUCCUAUUCAUUAUACCAAAGGAGGUUGGCCUGUUAAGAACAGUGGGUUAAGAUUAACAGUUGGUAGUUUGGGAAUAGUUGCUGCUUUUGUUUGGGCGGGAGGAGUCGGUCGUUUAAACAAAAAGCGUACGAGACAAAUCUAUCUGCCUGUUUUUGCUGCUCUAUUGGCUCUCUCAGUGGCUUGUGUUGUAAAUGACGCAAAUAGUUUGUUAUCUGUGAAUGCCAAUCAGUGUCCUUCUACAGGAGAAUUAUAUUCUGUGUUGAGUUCCUUUCAAGGCUAUAAUUGUACUUGUCACACCGGAGCCAUUUUUUGGGCUACUUUAGGUUUGGACUGUGCUAUAUCCUUAUUUUCCAUUUUAUGUGGAGUUGCUCUGUAGAAUUUCAUUCACAUUGUUCAUAGUGUGGUUUUGGAUUAUUGAAUAAAGCAUUUGUGUUGAAA